GGAGCAGUUAGCUUUUGGAAUCUCUUCAAGUAUAAAACCCCCACCACUCUACUAUUAUCUCAAAUCAAAAACUCUCAAGUUACAAAAAUGGCUAUCUCAAUGCUUACUCCUGGUCUUGUUCUCUUUGCCAUGUUCUCCUUUGAUAUUGUUGUUGCUCAUUCAGGUCUAGGAUUUGGAUGGAGAAGUAAUCGCCCCAUUGGAGGAACUUUUUCCUCAAGUCUUUACCCACAAUUUUACCAAUUCUCUUGCCCACAAGCUGAUGAGAUUAUCAUGACUGUACUUGAAAAAGCCAUAGCUAAAGAGCCAAGAAUGGCAGCAUCUUUACUCAGGCUUCACUUCCACGAUUGCUUCGUCCAGGGAUGUGAUGCAUCAAUCUUGUUGGAUGAUAGUGCUACCAUAAGAAGUGAAAAGAAUGCGGGACCAAACAAGAACUCCAUUAGAGGGUUUCAAGUCAUCGAUGAGAUCAAAGCCAAACUAGAGCAAGUUUGCCCUCAAGUCGUCUCUUGUGCCGACAUUCUAGCUCUUGCUGCUCGUGGCUCAACUGUACUGAGCGGUGGACCAUCAUGGGAGCUUCCAUUAGGGAGAAGAGACUCGAGGACAGCGAGCCUCAAUGGCGCAAACACGAACAUUCCUGCACCUAACUCCACUAUUCAGAACCUCUUAACAAUGUUCCAACGCAAAGGUUUGAACGAAGAAGACCUUGUUUCCCUAUCAGGAGCGCAUACGAUUGGAGUAGCGAGAUGCACAACGUUCAAACAAAGGCUAUACAAUCAAAACGGUAAUAACCAACCAGACGAGACACUAGAGAGGUCUUACUACUAUGGUCUAAGAUCGAUUUGUCCACCAACAGGAGGGGACAGCAACAUUUCACCUCUAGACUUAGCCUCUCCUGCUAGAUUCGACAACACAUACUUCAAGCUCCUCCUAUGGGGAAAAGGCUUAUUGACAUCAGAUGAAGUGCUUCUCACUGGCAACGUAGGCAAGACUGCUGCAUUAGUGAAAGCUUACGCAGAAGACGAGAGCCUUUUCUUUCAACAAUUCGCAAGGUCGAUGGUAAACAUGGGGAACAUUCAACCUCUUACUGGUUUUAAUGGUGAGAUCAGAAAGAGUUGUCAUGUGAUUAAUUAAAAACAAAAGAAAAAACUUUGUUUUCAGCAUAUUAUUGUAUUAAUGGCGGUCGAGGAAGAAAUAAGUCGUCGUGUGAUGUUUUUUCAAUAUGUUAGUGAUCUAGUUAAACAACUUUAUGAAUGAAAAUGUACCGUUCGUUGUUUAAAGGAGUGAACCCAUUAAAAAUUUG